GUAGGUGAUUUCUGAGGCAGACUUGUUUUGCUGGUGAAAGGGAAUUAGAGAACUGUCCCCUCCAUUCCCCAUGGUGGUGUCAACACCUCUAAUUUUUGUUUUCCCAUCAAGUCACUGAUAAUUCUCUUCCCUACAGCAUUUCAGUGGUAGAAAUGUAGUGAGGCAUUGGCAGCUUUUACCUCAGCAUCAUCCAGCCCUGCUGAGAGGCACUCGACACACAACAGUGGUAAAAAUGCUGGCAGGGGUAGGGUCCUGCUCAUGCUGGCUGUGCUAUCACUCCUGCUGCCAGACAGGGGGAAACUCUACGCCUUGGAGUCUGAGGUUAGAUGAGUCAAAGAGAUUGUGAAUCCUCAGAGGUGCACGUGUUGCCACUGGCUGGCUUUCCAGCCAUGGGGGUUUGAGCUCUGACAAGGCAGUAAACCCAGAGCUGCUGUGCUGGGGAAUGCUCUGAAGCGCUCUGUGCAAUCAGGCUCGCUGAGCUGCUGCAGCUUUUCUGUGUGCCAAGUGGUGUUUCUCUUUUGGAUGGUUGUGGUGUUAAACGCUUCAGCAGUAAAGAGGCUUUGUUGUGGUCUCUGCAGCAUUGCUUUUGCCUUGGCUAGCAGCAGCCUUUUUGUUUGAAUUAAUGCUUUCCCUGGAGUUGGCUGUGGGGGCAUGUGUGGGCUCGUGUGUGUGUCUUGACUUGUGGGUGUACAUUGGACACAGCUGUGAACAGGCACUUCUGGUAGGUGCAGUACUUGCCCAAACUUGUUGUUCAUGCCUGCCGGAACAACAUGCUUUUCCUCACUGUUGGGAAUACUGGCCACUAUUGUGGGCUUUUUAAAGUGCUUGAGUGAAAUUAAUAUCCAUUUUUCAAUUACAGGCAGAAGCUGCCUUGAAUCUACCCCAAUCCUGUAUUUAAUUUCAGGAAGUGUCAGCAUUCACUGCAUCAAAAGAAGGACCAAGCUAUACAGGUCCUGGGUGGUGGGUUUACAACUGGCCAGGCUGUUCUCAUCAUACUGUAGGGACUGGCUCACAUGCACCAAUGUACUGUAUAAUGCAUAAAUGAAGGUCAUACAAUGACCCAUUCCUUUGGAGCUUCUUAAUUUAUUUCCUUUGGCACAGGUAUCCUGGUUAGUUCCACCUAAGUUUUGGGGUGAUCCAUUCGGUCCUGCUACUGGCUGGUAAUAGCAGCUCCCCAGCUUUUCCUCAUCUUCCUUCCAUUUAUGUCUCCAGGGUUAAAACUCAGUUCAGAAUCCCCAGACCAAAUUGAAUUAGAAUUUAACAUUCAAAGAUUCAGGCUCCCUUUAGGCUCUAAGGAACAGAAUGUCAUCCUGUCUCGCAGUUAAUAGCUGCUGGGUAGUCGUUUCAAAGCCAUUUCUUUUCAGUGAGCUCUACCAUAGCAAAUCCCAGCAGUGAAUGUAUUUCUGGCCUGGCUGUGCCUUUAAUCCCACAGCUGAGUCUUAUGUGUGAUCUCUUUUGAAAUGCUAGACUUUUUUUUUUUAAAUUCCAGACAGCGAUAUUUCUAGGACUUGGUAUUUUGAAUGGCAACAGGAUUGUUUAUAGGAAGAGAACAGAAAGGACUGAAGGAUGAUGUUGACCUAGCAGCCCUACAAACCUAUCACACUUAAUCCACUUAUCACCCUGAAUUCCUGAAGCAGAUAAAUGCUGAUAACAGUUAAAACACAUCACUGGCAGGAGCAGCCUGUUCUGUCCUCUAGAAAUACAUCAAUACUGGAAAUUACAAAGCUGUGUGCUACCAUGGGGAUGAGCAUGAUAUAAGAGCUGAGGAAGCCCUCACUAUUCGGUGGAGUUCUUCCACAGGGAGGUAGUGAGCCUCUGCUUCCUCUCUCUCCCUGCCCCAACUACCUUGAGAUGCUGUUCAGGCCUGAGAAAGGCUUCUGAAUACAAUGGUGACCCCAGAGUCACAGCUGCCUGAUCUGUGCCUCCAUAUCUGAAAUACCAAGUGGGCCCCAAGUGUCUUGUUACUGCUUUUGAUUGUCCUUGCUGCUCAGCGUUAAGACCUGUGAGGAGCGAUUUCCAGCUGAGACCAGCCCCGUUGCAGCUCACAUCAGCAUGGCUUGGGGAGAGGAGUUGGUUUUGGCUAAUCUGAGCUAAACCUUCCCUGGAGGAGUGCAGCUGCUGCACCAGCCUUGCAGAGCCACACAAAACCACUUUCUCCUCUCCCCAUCUGUCAGGGCUCUCAGAGAGGUACUGGAGUCAUCCCUGGGUGUCAUGCAGCUACAUGCCUCCCCCUGUGUCAAGACCCCUUCCUCCUGGGGGCCUGUCCCAGGUUGAACAGGAGGAAGAAUGCUGUAAACCAGAUGUUGUUUGGAGUAAACCUUGUUCCUACAAAGUCUGGAGGCAUAAAACACCUGAUAGUGCUUUUGAAUACCUGAAGCUUUCAGGCUCAUCUGCUGCCUUAGGUCUUUCCCCACAUGACCAUCCCCCACCAGUCUCUGCAGCACAGCACCCCAUGUGAAUGGGUACCCUUGAAGUUGCAGUAAAGUGCUUUCUUGUGGACAGUGCAAGAAGUGUGAAAGGAGGAAGCUGUCUAAAGAGAAGACCUCUCACCCACUGGAGUUUUUAUGAGUCAGAUGCUGCUCAGCUGUUGCAUUGCAGAUGUCUUAGCUAAAAACAAGUGUUCAUUGAAAAUCAAAGACUCUUCAUGAGUAUAGGCGGCAGGAGCCUCCCACAAAACGUGGUUUUUCUUCUUCAAAGGGCUCUCCUUAGAUUUGCCUACAAUAGAUUACUUAAAGCUUGCCUGCAUUGUGAUGCUGAUUCAGAGCCAGCAUGGUGUAGAUCUGAAACGGUCCAGCUGUUGGGAUGAAUUCGCUGUCUGGCUGUUCUCACUUUGUGAAUGUGAGUGCCUUCCUCAAGGGACCUACUGGAGAAGCUGGCUGUAGAGGGACGUUUUGUGGAGUCGGGGUACAGUAGAGCCUUUGCUCUGUACGACUAUUCAUACGUGUACUGGUUUUCUGUGUUGAAGGCAAAACAGGUGAUCCCAUGCUUUGUGGAAUGUGACAGUUCGCUGCAAAUGCAUGUGAUAUUUUACAGUCAUCAGGAAGCAAACUGUGUGUUGAAGUGCUUGUGGCUUAGUCUUUGGACACCCGCUAGUGGGUCUAACACCAUCGUUGUUGUACAGAGAAGUCAACCCUGGUGUGGGGAGGAGUCUGACCAAAAAGCAGAAGAGGUUGCAUCUGCCAGGAACUGCUUGCCAAAUGCAGUGUGUGUACAUCUUGCCUGUCGCUUCGCAAACAGGAGGCGAUCAACCAGCUGCCUUGGCAUGACAAUACCUGACAAACCCCCACCUCCUUUGCCUUUUGGAUCUUUAUUUCUGGUUGCAUUCUUACAGCCUUUGACCCCCCCAUCAUGAUCCCAGAUCUAAAAGUCAUCUUCCUGUUUCUUUGGUUGCUUCAGUAUGGAGGAGGAAAUGUCGAUGUACAGCAGAAACCUCCAAUCCAGGUUGCCUUGCUCAAGGAAGGAAUAUCCAUCCCCUGUAAAGUCAUCUUCCCUUACAUGCCAAAAUACACCAAAUUUUCAAUCUCCUAUUACUGGAUUAAUUCACUGGAUCAGAAGACAUCCAUCUAUAGUAGGUUGGAAAACGUAGUCAUUCCUUCUGGAGAAGAGAAUAAGACUGCUGCCUUAUCUUAUAACUACAGAAUCAUGCCACUUGAAAACACCUCUUCUACUGGCACGUAUUACUGCAAGGUCAUGUGGAAUGAUAUCCAAAAAAUGGGAAAGGGAGUGUUUGUCCUUAUUAGAGAUACAGGAUAUAUAAAUACCUCUUAUGUGUGGGAAAUCCUCAUUACCCUUACUGUUCUUCUUGCUGUAUUGAGCAUCACUGCAACAGCUCUGCUUCUGUGGAAAAGAAAGGUGUUGUGCCCUAGAAGGAGCCAGCCAAAUAUCCUGAGACAGAAGGUGGAAACACAGCUCCCUUCAGCCAGCCCACCACCACUACCACCUCCUGUCUAUGAUAGCCUGGAUGUGCAGCGAGUUGAUGUCUAUUCUAGCCUCGAGAACAACACAAACAACCCAUCACACAGAAAGAAUCCUCCAAGGAAGCAGAACCCUGGCCCCUGCAGCUCUACCAGUCCUGGCGCUCACAGUUUUGUGCAGAUGUUUUGCUGUAUGACGUAUGCUGAAAGGCACCGAGGGGUUUGGCAUCACUGCUCCCUCUGAACAAGAUGGGCAUUCAUGGAAAGUUGGGCAGACACCUAAGAAGCAAGAAACUCUAGAAGAAUCCUCUGAUACGUUGUAUGAGAAUAUCUAACAGGGAAGAUUCCUGACCCUAUGUGGACCAGACAUCUUUCUGUAUGGCAGAGCUACUCUUUUACAUCCGUGAUGAGAUGCAGAUACAUGGAGAGAUCCACACUGACUUCAGAGCGCAACCACGAGGGAGCUGUGAGCCCCUUGCCCCUUCUAAACUGCCCUUCAUUAACAACAGAAUGUAUCUGUUAAAAUCCCUCGGGGCUCAGUCUGCAUUGAUGCAACAAGGCUAUUUUGCAGCAAAGUUGUUUGAUGCAAAAGAAAAGCUGCUUUUGUCAAGCACUUAUCUUGGGAAUGGGCAAUCUGUAAAGGUUUUUCUCACCUGCCUCGGCUGAAAUACUUAACUGUUGAUCCUCUGCAAAUGGUAGGACAAUCCAGAGACUUCCCUGCUUGCUGGUUUGAUGUUCCGAUCCUGACCUGCAGCCGCCCAUCUGACCCUGUGCUUGUGGCUUUGCCGAAAUGGCCAACAGGACUUCAUGCAUAGUUUAAUCAGAUCCAAGCAUCGACCUGCCCAUUUCCCUUUCUCAGGAACCCCAGAGCAGACAGGCUUUCUCAUAAUCUACUAAUCCCAUCAACUAGUCACAGAUGCCUACUGCGACCUUACUGGGGCGACUCAAAUCAGUGCCUCUAAGAAAAUGGUUCCCCUUCAGCAAUAUCAGCAGUACACUGUGAGGACUGGAUGCGCUGACCGAGAUAAAGGUGGAGAAAAGGAACACAGAGAAAUAUCCCUUCCUAACAACCUGUUUUAGUGACAGUGCCCAUUCCAGAACAAGAAAGAGGAACAAGGAGGUGGGAAUGUGAGGAAACUCCCUUGCUGGGGCUGCAUAAAGCCAGGCGGGUCUGGGGCCAGGCUCCAGCAUGCAGAAGUCCAAGGGGAGCUCACCAGUUUCCUUUUCUUCUUGGCAGUGGGCAUUGUUAUCACUUGGGAUUUUGAGCCUCUGUGGGAGCAGGCAUGGUACCUCUGCCCCACCAAAACCAAUCGGUUUGCCGUUGUUUCAGCUGGCUGUUGUAGAGAUUAUAAAGCUCCUUUACCCCCCCCCCCCCCCCCACCUUACAUUAUUGGCCAGGGAGAUCAGUUCUGAAAGGAGGAAGGAGGAGGGAGGCCUUAGAAAUGAAUUUGCUAUCCAAGUUCUUUCUCCCUUCUCAGCUGGAACUUGCCUACCAUUUGUGCUGAUGCAUAUUCUGGUUCUGAUAGGAAAGAAGUUACAUUAAAUAGCUGUAUAACAUGAUCAAACCAGCAGAUCAAAAAGCUGAGGCUGUUUUAUCUCAUAUUAAAAAACAACAACGAAAUAACAACAAAACAAAACCAACCCAAAAUAAGAAUAUGCAGCAUAACUUGAGAGGAAUUGUAGAAACCUCUUUAAAGAAGAAGAUCAAAUUAAAAUUGAGCUCCAGGGUCAUAGGACCCUCUCUAGCUGAAGAUAAUGUUGCUAUGUAUCAGAGAUAGAGGCUGUGGAAAAUGUCUCCGGGGCCUCCAACCUUCCUAUACUAUGUUUAAAGAGAUAAUCCGCUUAUUGCUUUGCUCUUUUUAUUAGAAAAGAUUUCAAACAUGCAAUUUGGACUUUCUUUAACCACAGAAAAAUGCUUUUUCUCUUCCCAGCACUGAGGAAUUCAUUUCAGAAAAGGCAAUGAAUGGACAGCAUGUAUUAUUAGAUCAGUUUAUAAUUUGUUAAGUGAUCACAACAAUUAUAAAUAUUUUUGAAGUAAAAAGUUUUACAAUUUACUAAUAUGACCAGGAAAUAUUUGUGUUCACAGAAGAAUUUACAGAGGAUUGUACAGGUAUAAUAAUUUCUUUCCUUAACAAAUUUGAAGAAAUGAUGAGAUGAAUUAUAAAUAUGUUGCAGUAUGGCAAUAAAAUAUUUAGCAGAUGCUGGUGGAUUAGAUUAAAAGUAAAAACUUUCAAAACAA